AUGCGCCGCCGCUGGGCGCAAUAUGGAAAGCUUGGUCGACGUACCAUGUACUUCGCGCUCGCCGCCGCCGGCCUGGCCUCGGCAUCCUGCAAGUCGUCCAACUGCAAAGCCACGAACGGCGUCGCGUUUGGGUGUCCUCCCGUCGACAAGGCCUACGUCCGCGAUGCGUUCUUCCUCGGCGGGCGCACGGUGGCGCUGUCGGACGGCAACUACACGGUCGACCAGCUGUUCGUCGAGAAGCUGACGCCGGUCAAGGGCGUCACGCGGCCCAAGCCGCUCGUCUUCCUCCACGGCGGCGGCAUCUCGGGGGCGACGUGGCUCAACACGCCGGACGGGCGGCAGGGGUGGGCGUCGUACUUUGUGGACCAGGGGUUCCAGGUGUAUCUCGUCGACAUUGUGGCCGUCGGGCGGUCGGCCAACGCCGACACGACGACGUUCUCCAUGACGCCGGGCACGAGCAUUGAGAUUCUCGAGCAGGGCUUCACGGCGGUCGAGCGGUUCAACACGUACCCGCAGUCGCAGCUGCACACGCAGUGGCCGGGCGCCGGGGUCGACGGCGACGCCGUGUUCGACCAGUUCAAGCAGGGCUUCCUGCCGCUGCCGUCAAACGCGACGGCGCAGGAGCUGGCGUUCCGGGCCCACAGCAUGGGCAGCGCGGCGGCGCUGCUGCUGACCAACGACUGCCCGGAGCGCGUCGCGGCGUCGAUCAACCUCGAGCCCUUCACGGUGCCCUUCUUCUUCUACGGCUGGGGCCUCGGCGGGUUUCCGGCGCGGCCCUACGGCCUCACCAACAGUCGGCUCGACUACGUGCCGCCCGUCGCGAGCGCCGCCGAGCUCAGGAUCGAGAGCGUCGGCACCGAGACGCUGGCGAAGCGCAACUGCUACCGCCAGGUCGAGCCGGCGCGGCAGCUGCCCAAGGUUGCGAGCGUGCCGUACGUGGCGCUGACGGGCGAGGCGAGCGUGCACAUUACGUACGACCACUGCAUCAUCGACUACCUCAAGCAGGUCGGCGGCCAGCCCGAGUGGAUCAAGCUCGAGGACCUCGGCAUCAAGGGCAACGGCCACUUUCUGCACCAGGAGCGCAACAGCGAGGAGAUUGCCGACGUGGUGCUGGAGUGGAUCAACAAGGCCGACGGCAAGGCGAAGGCGAAGGCGAAGGCGAAGGCGACACGGUCAGGCCUGGAGCAGCGAGGCCUGUGA